UGUCUGGGCGCAGCACACCAGUGCAGGUGUUUUGCAUAAGGGAGUUGCUUGCUUUUUCCUCACCUGUGAGCUACACUCUACCUGAAGUAAUGGCCGAUCAGGUGGCUACCAUGUGCGAGCAGCUCAUCAAAGCUGUGACUGUGAUGAUGGACGCAGAGACGAGCCAAGUUUACCGACUGGAGGCCCUAAAGUUUUGUGAAGAAUUUAAAGAGACAAGCUCCUUCUGUGUCCCAUGUGGUUUACAACUGGCUGACAAAGCUCAGCCAGCUGUAGUGAGACACUUCGGUCUGCAAAUAUUGGAGCACGUCAUCAAGUUCCGAUGGAACAACAUGCAGCAACAAGAGAAAGUAGAGUUGAAAGAGUGUGCUAUGCAGCUGUUGUCAAAUGGAGUUCGUUCUAUCCUGGAGGAGGAGAGCCACGUCAAAGAUGCCCUGUCGCGGAUCAUAGUGGAAAUGAUAAAGAGAGAAUGGCCCCAACACUGGCCAGAUAUGCUGAAAGAGAUGGAAGCCCUCACGAGCCAAGGGGAGGUGCAGACAGAACUGGUCAUGUGGAUACUUUUGAGGCUUGCAGAGGAUGUGAUCACCUUUCAGACGCUGCCCACCCAGCGACGCAGAGACAUCCAGCAGACACUCACCCAAAACAUGGAUAGCAUCUUCAGUUUCUUGCUGACUAUUCUGCAAUCAAAUGUUGAGGAGUAUCGCAAAGUGAAAGGGUUACCUGGACAUGAAGUACAGGCCAGAGCGCACUGUCGAGUUGCUGUGGCGACGCUGAACACACUUGCAGGUUACAUAGACUGGGUGUCUCUGGUGCACAUCACCUCCAGAAACUCUCAUCUGCUGGAGAUGUUAUGCUUGCUGCUGGGUGAACCGGAGCUGCAGCUGGAGGCUUCCGAGUGUCUGUUAAUUGCUUUGAGCAGGAGGGGCAAACUAGAGGACAGGAAGCCUUUCAUGCUGCUGUUUGAUGACGUGGCCAUCGACUACAUCCUUUCUGCAGCCCAGUCAGCAGAUGGACUGGCAAUACCUACAAAUACCUCUCAAACACCAGCAGUGGAGGUGGUGGAGAGGCGUUACAUCUUUCUGAAGCGACUCUGUCAGGUUCUGUGUGCUCUGGGAUUCCAGCUGUGUGCGUUAGUGGGUUCAGAUGUAAAGGUUGACGUACCUGCAAAUAUCAGCAAGUACAUGGAAGCAUUAUUAUCCUUCACCACACAUUCCAGUCAGUUUUUGAAAUCUUGCACUCUUUCAACUUGGGGAGCUUUGUUCAGACAUGAAACUCUGUCAAAAGAUGCUGUCGUUGUGGAGAUGGCCACCAAAUACCUCAAAGUGUCAUUGAACAGCCUCAUCAAGACUGGUUUCCCAUCAAGAGACGAUAACCCGAGUUGUGAGUACUCCCGUCUGGACUUUGACAGCGAUGAAGAUUUCAACUCCUUUUUCAUCUCUUAUCGAGCUCAACAAGGAGACGUUUUGAGGUAUGCGACUCGCAUUGUUCCUCUGGAAGCUUUCCAGACAGCAGCAGAGUGGUUACAUUAUCAGAUCACCAGCCCAAUUGAUCCUGGAGAUACAACAUCUAAGACUGCAGAGGGCCUGUGUUACCUUCUGUCUCCAUCAGUUGUCAAGUGGGAUGCGAUGACUGUUUUCAUGGAGUGUGUGGUCUCUCAGAUAUUUAAAAGUCUAGAGGAAGAGAAGUUGCCCAUCGACCAGAGCAUGGAGCUGCUGCAGGCUGUGCUGAACUACGACACCAAAGAUCCACUCAUCCUGUCCUGCAUACUCACCAACGUGUCUGCCCUCUUCCCUUUUGCCAUCCACAGGCCACAAGUUCUGCCACAAAUCCUCCACAAGCUGUUUAAUGCCAUCACAUUUGAAGUUGAGCAGGAAAACAGAGUACCUCGGACUCGAGCUGUAAAGAACGUGAGGAGACACGCCUGCUCAGCCAUCAUAAAAAUUUGCCGUGAUUUUCCACAAUUCAUCUUGCCUUGCUUUGACAUGUUUCACAGUCACCUAAAGAAGCUGUUUUCAAGCAACAUCAUGCCGACUUACAUGGAGAAAUGCUCACUGAUGGAAGCCCUGGUGCUCAUCAGUAAUCAGUUUAAAAAUUUUGAAAAGCAAAAAGCUUUCCUGGAUGAACUGAUGGCUCCGGUUGUCGCGGAGUGGACCUCAGAAGAGAUUAGGAGUGUGCUGUGGGAUCCUGUUAAGUUCCUCUCCUUCGUUGGAGCUGAUCAGACAGUCCCCGAGCAAAGUGAAACAAUAGACGCAGCAGGCCUCAACAGAGGGCGAUUGAGUUUCUGCUUGUAUGCCAUGCUGGGGGUGGUGAAGCGUGCACGCUGGCCUGCAGACCUGGAAGAAGCUAAAGCUGGAGGCUUUGUGGUGGGCUACACUACUACUGGAGCCCCCAUCUACAGAAACCCCUGUGCUGCACAGUUUCUUGCCUUCCUGCCCAACUUACUGGCUCUAAUAAGGACUCACAACAGUCUGUUCCUCCCAGAGAACAUGGCUCGUCUUAGCGAGACCUUCUCUAGAGCUUUUGAACUGAUGGAUGCAGAGAAAAAUAUAGUUCUUGGUCUCCCUCAGAAUCCUCUGGACAUUUAUGACUCUCCUGUGUGUAGAGGCAGCCUGGGGCGCAUGCAGGGAUUUUUCUGCACACUAUGUGAUAACUACUUCCAUCUCCUGGGUAACGCAGGCCCGUCUCUGCAGCAGGAGUUCUACACUAUUGAGAAUCUGGCUGAGGGAAUAUCUGGAUCUGCUUUUGUCUCCCUUGACCAUGUGCCAGACCACAGACUUCGCCCAAUGAUUCGUUUGUUUCUGAAGCCACUGGUGCUCUCUUGUCCUCCUGAGUACUAUGAGAGCUUACUACGCCCCCUGCUGGGUCCCCUCUUCACCUACAUGAUGCAGAGACUCAACAUUAAGUGGCAGGUCAUCAGCCAGAGGACGUCUACAAAUGGUGAAGAUGAGGAGGAGCACGUGGUCUGUCAGGAGAGCCAGGUGACACAGGAGAUGUUGGAGGAGCAGUUAGUGCGUCUGCUCACCAGAGAAGUCCUGGAACUUCUCACUGUGAGCUGUAUUUCCAGAAAAGUGGCUGAACCUGCAGCCAACAAGGAGGAAAUCGAUGAGGAAGAUGUGAUGAUGGAUACAGUUCAGAUACCAACUCCUGCACAACCCACAGAGGACCUCACAGAGCUGGGAAAAUGUCUGAUGAAACAUGAGAGCAUUUACAUGACGCUGUUGACAUUAUCCUUUACCUCCUUGUCGUGGAGAGAUGCCACAAACUGUCAUCGCACUGCUUCCAUGGUCUGCUGGGCUCUUCUGCGGCAGGUCGUAGGGGGUAGUCUUCUUCCCGAAGCCGUCACAUGGUUCUUUACCAGUGUUCUUAGAGGUCUUCAGGUUCAUGGGCAGCAUGAAGUCUGCAACACUACCCUCUCUCUGUUGGCCAUGUUCAUUUACGAAAACCUGCGGCCUCGCUAUGUGGAGCUGAGGGCAGUGAUGACCCAAAUCCCAACCAUAAGUCUUGAGGCCCUGGAACAGUAUGACCAUAGGCUCAUGGACCCCAAUGCCAAAAAAGCUGGAGAGAAGAAGAGGAAAGACCAGUUCAAGAAGUUAAUUGCUGGAACUGUUGGGAAAGCUCUGUGCCAGCAGUUCAGGAAGGAGGUUCAUAUCCGCAAUCUUCCAUCGCUCUUUAAAAUGCCAAAGCCGGACAAGGAUGUACUGAGCAGUGAAGCACUGGGCCUUGAGACUCUCUUCGGUCCUGAGAGUACUGCCCCGUAGGAGACCACACUGGUUCAAGCAGACUUCAUACUGACUGAAGACGGAGCUCUGUAUACAAACGGUUCCCCCACCUACAUCAGGCAUCAUCUGACAUCAUUCCUGCUUUUCAGGAGUAUGUCUUUUUCCCUCUCAUUGAACCACUGCACCUUUUCUUUUGUGUACAAACAACCAUACACCUAUACUUUUUUUCCACAUACUUUUGUUUUGAAUCUUUUUGUGUACUUCCCCAUUCCUUUCGGUAUACAAAUAAAAUAGGUGUAUAAGCUAUGAAAAACUAUAGGAAAUAUUUGAUGUUUAAAACUAUCUUUUUUUUUUUUUUUUUGUCAGACUGUGUUAAGGCAAAAUCCUUUUAACUGAGUAACCUUUUAUUUUUGUUUUCCUGAAAAAACAACAACCGUAAGCCUCCCUUUUUAUAUAGGACGACUCGCAAUUCUAUCAUUUUAAUUUGGACCAUUGUUGUUUUUGGGGUAAAGCUGCAUACACACGUACCGUGUCAUAGAUGUAUGGAAAUCAGACUCAGAACCCAACCAGAGUUUUAUUUUCAGAAAAGUAAUUGGUAUGAGGUAUGAAUGUGUCUUUAUUCUGUGGUUUGUGCACACGUGGAAACAUUUUGUGUGUGAUUUAUUAUAUUUUUUUUUUAAAUGUAUUUAUUAUUUUUAAGUCUAAUAAUUUUGGCGGGUGAUGUGAUGGCACAUGCGUUUCCAUGCUGCAGCUGUCAAGGCUGUUUUAUGUCAGGUUGAAGUGAAAGAGGAAAAAAAAGUAGGGCAAAUCUUGUUGCACGUUUCUGUUUCUUGUAAUUUUCUUUAACUGAACGAGCUUCAAAAUAGAUUGAUUUUGAAGGAUGUACCAACAGUACCUCAGCAAAACAAUACUUUAUGAUCGUGGGAACUUACUUUAUUUGAAUAUACCUUUAAAUGAAAACAAAAGGCUGAUGGUUUUAUUGUUGUUUUUUUUGUCAUCAUUGUAAUUGUCAAAUCUAAUAUGAGACCAGCUGUGUAUUUGUGAGUACAACUUACAUGGCCCAAGUACUGUUUUACUACAAAUAAUGCAGCCACAUUUGUGCCAAACACUGAUUGUAAAUUGUUGAGCAGGCCAUUAUGUCAGAGAAGCCUACGUAUACAAUUUAAAGACUGUUUAAUGGUGGAAUCUGAAAAUAAUGUGUAGCUUAAUCCAAGUAUUAUUUUUUUCCUAACUAGCUGUUGAGUUGUUUAUAUUAUUGACAUGUUUCACAUGAUCUUUUUUGUGUCUGUAUGUUCUGGUUUUGUCAUACAGGGAAAGAUGAACCAGCACUACAUUCCAAUUUGUCUAAGGGAUUGUUUUUAAGCAUAAUUGGUUAAAUAUAUUUAGUUAUUACGAAGCUGUCAUGGCAGGUAGUGAUCAUUUUCUUGUUGUGUUUUCUUUCUUUUCGAGUUAUUGUGUAGAUUCAGACCAAGAUACAUGGUUGCUGUUCUGGGUUAGAAUGAAUUACCUAUUUCCUUGCGUACAGACAGGUCUUCAUAUCAGAUGCCUUUUUUUUUUUUUUUUUUUAAAUAGAUAGGAAGUCGACAUCUUUCUUGCCCAGAAAGGAAUAAAUGUAUUUUGAUUCUUAAUUUUUCAUCUUAGUGAUUAGGGUUUUUUUUGUGAUUGAUUUUCUUUUCAAAUUUGGCCAAUUUAAAAAGAAAAAAGAAAAAAAAAAGUUUAACACUAAAAUGUUCUGUACAAAUGGAAAAUUAGGUUUUUUUUAAUGC